UGAAAGGAUUGUCCAAUGAAAAUCACUAGCGCCAGACACGGGACAGAGGGGAAAAUGGAGAAUUUCACGGCGCUGUUCGGAGCUCAGGCUGACCCACCGCCGCCCCCAACUGCACUCGGCUUCGGACCAGGAAAACCUCCACCUCCGCCUCCCCCUCCUCCAGGCGGGGGACCCGGCACAGCUCCGCCCCCCAUCGCGGUCACCGCCCCUCCCGGCGCAGACAAAGCAGCUGGUUGUGGUCCCUUCUACCUAAUGCGGGAACUGCCAGGCAACACGGAGCUGACAGGCAGCACUAACCUGAUCACACACUACAACCUGGAACAUGCCUAUAACAAAUUCUGUGGGAAGAAGGUGAAAGAGAAGCUGAGCAACUUUCUGCCUGACCUGCCAGGGAUGAUUGAUCUGCCUGGUUCCCAUGAUAACAGCAGCCUCCGCUCCCUCAUCGAGAAGCCCCCUAUUCUUGGUGGCUCUUUCAAUCCUAUCACAGGGACAAUGCUGGCUGGCUUCCGCCUCCACACUGGCCCGUUGCCAGAGCAGUGUCGUCUGAUGCAUAUUCAGCCUCCCAAGAAGAAGAAUAAGCACAAGCACAAACAGAGUCGUACCCAGGAUCCUGUCCCCCCAGAAACACCAUCUGAUUCGGAUCACAAGAAGAAGAAAAAGAAAAAAGAAGAAGAUCCUGAGCGGAAAAGGAAGAAGAAAGAGAAGAAGAAAAAGAAGAACCGACACAGUCCCGACCACCCUGGUAUGGGCAGCUCUCAGGCCAGCAGCAGCAGCAGUCUCCGCUAACAGGACCACUGGACUCUGCCAGAAUGGCCUCCUGCUGUCCUAAACCUGACAAAAGCUGCCUCUUGGCUCUCGGACACUGCCUUAGAAGCAUCCCCGAAGGCUGGAACAGAAGCCGGCUCCUACUGUGCUCGGUUAGAGUGACGCAUCGUGAGAGAAGGGCCAUGCUUUUGUAAGGCUCAGCUGAGCUACCUUGUGGACAUCUCUUCCUCUCCGGGGAAGCGUUCAUCUCAUCUCUUUUGUGCAAUUUGUCUGAUUUGGGACUUUAUCUGAUUUAUGAUGAUGUUUUUCUUUUUUUAAAAAAAAUUGCAUUUAUCAAACUGGCUUAAGUGUGGCUACCGGUUAAGAGGUAAGUGCCUUUCUGUGAGGGUCAGGGUUUAAGCUAAGGCAUGCUAAGAUCUUAGGGGAUUUGGGUCUUGUAUUACAGUUAUCUCAUCAGCAGGCAGGGAAACCAAAAUGAGAUUUAGGCAGAGCUUGCUAAUACCUUCCCACAGCAGACACAUAACACCCUGCCCAUAAUGUUGAGAACCAAGCCACCUGGAUGAUCUUUAGGCUCCAUCUGAAGAGCUGAUCUAGUUAGGGCUCCUCUGUGUUCUAGGUCAAUUUUGUGUUGAAACAAUAGCCAACUGAAAAAGUACCCACAGUCACCAGUGUAUUUCAACAGGUUGAUUCUUAGUCAAGCCUAUGAUUUUUUUUUUUUUGAAGUAAACAUCUGGCAAGCAAAGGUAAAUCCUUCUCUUAACUUUAUAAUAAGAACUUUUGACCUGCCUCAUUUCUGAGUUAAAACAAUGAAAGUAUUUGGCUGUGAAAACAUUUCAAAGCUUCUAAGAUGGCAACAAAAAGGCAGCAUAAACUAGCAAAUGUAAAAUAAACCCCUUCAGUCUUUCAGUCUUUGCAGCAGGACAGGUAACUGAAAACAUCCAUGAAUAAACAAGCUAAUGUAAUCUGACUUAAGCUACAUUUGACACAGAACAGUUAAAAUCUGGUACACAAAUCCAAGGUUGUUCCUAGAUCAGUAGACAGAAAACCACUCAUUUAGUUUGUUUUAAUCUAGGAUUUCAGCACAAGAGUUUAUAUACUAAAGUUAUAGACAAUGAAAAUAAAGGGUUCUGGCCAGUGUUCUGAGAUUUAGUGCCUGAGGACACCGAUUAGGGUACGGUCUUUUGCUUUUGCAAACAAAGUAUGAGCUAGCAAAUUGAACUGCCACCCAUAUUUCCCAUCUGCCUUUUCCAUACUUGGGUCAUCCACUGUCUCCCCUCUGGCUGCAUCUAAAAUGAACUUUACUUUCCGGAGACAAAAUUCUGUAUUAAGAAACAACUAUGGCACAAGUCAAAGAGUUCUCUAAGCUUCGAAAUGACAAGAAGCUUUAGUGGUUGCAAAAGAUUUCUUUCAGGAAUUUUUAAAAUUAAAUCAUGGAAAUAAAAACAGGA